AUGACAGACUGCUACUUUGAAAAGAAGGAUUGGAGAGCCUGCGCAGCCGAGCAGCAGCAGCAGCAGCAGCAGCAGCAACACAUCCGCUUCUACUCCAGCGAUUCCACCACCACCACCACCACCACCACCACCGCCGCCGCCGUCGCCGCCGCCGACGCCGCACCCGCAGCGACCACGACAGGAGCAGCAUCUGCUAACAAGCCCACAUACGCCAAGAAGCCCACGUACAAGUACAGCAAGACUGUGACGCCGACGCCGACGCGUGCCGCUCCCGCUCCCGCUCCCGCUGCCGCCCCCUUCUACCGUGCCAGCAACCCGGACCGGUCGACCGAGGCGACGGACGGCGAAAACAUCAGCUGGACGACCAGCUUCCACGGUAUAUCGACCAAGCCCGUCACGCGCGAGCAGUACGCCACCCUGAUCAAGCCCCUGUCCGAGAAGGACAUCGAGGUCAAGCCCGAAGGCAUCAUCUACCUCCCCGAGAUCAAGUACAGGAGGCGUCUCAACGAGGCGUUCGGUCCCAUGGGCUGGGGUCUGAUUCCCAGGGGAGAACCAAAGGUCGAGACUAACAUUGUCACGAGGGAGUAUGCCCUUAUCGUGGAUGGAAGAUUCGUCUCACAGGCCCUAGGAGAAAACUCCUACUUCUCCCCCGAACAGCUCCCGUCCGCCAUCGAAGGUUGCAAGUCAAACGCCCUCAUGCGAUGCUGCAAGGACCUGGGAAUCGCCUCGGAGCUCUGGGACCCGGAAUUCAUCCGCAAGUUCAAGCAGACAAAGAUGAAGGAGGCCUGGGUCGAGCACGCCACCACCAAGAAGAAGCGCAUCAUGUGGUUCAAGGCUGGCCAGGUUGAUCCCGUCUACCCUUGGAAGCUGUCAUGA